AAGGUCAUGGCUGAUAGAGAGGAGCUUGGGAUCAGGCUGAAGAAGCUGCUGGUGAGGUUGAAUCUUCAGGAGGGGAAGCAGUUGGGCACCAUGGUCCAGAUCAUACAGGACCUCCUGUUCCUGUCCCACACGGACCACUGUGCUGAGCUGUUUUCCGAGCAGAACGUCCAUGUGCCCCUGAUGCUGGUGCUGUCAUCGCAUUUCAACAGCAAAGUUCAGCAGGUUGGCUGGUCUCUGCUGUGUCGUCUAAUGGAGAUCUGUCCCAACACUCUGGAUAGUCUGGCCAACCCACAUGAAUAUGAGUUUACGGAGGUGCACAAGCAGAUUCUUAAGUUGCUUUCAGCGUAUCAGAAAGACUGCAAGAUGAUGAUGGUUGGACUGAGAGCUCUGGCUCUUCUACUGAAGUCAGAUGAGAUUGUGAUACAGGUUUUAGAUGAGGAGGAUGUGGACGUGUUUUCUGUGGUUCUGGAGGCCAUGCGGUCAUUUAAUGACAAAGAAGAGGUUCAGCUACAGGGAUGUGCUGCUUUACAACUGCUGCUACAAACGGUUUCUGAUGCUCAUCUGUUGGAGUUCAUUGAGGAAAAGGACCAUGAGGUGGUUUUGGAGGCGCUCAGGCGGUUCAUGGACAGUGAGAAUGUGGUACUGCAAGCUCUAAAAGUCCUCAUACCACUGGCUUCUCCGGCCAGCAAUAUCGAGAUUCUGAUGUCCAAACCCGUUAAAUGCUACAGUCUGCUGUGUCAGGCUAUGGACACGUGGCUCGACUCGGAGGCCGUACAGGAGACCGGAUGCUGUUUGUUACAGAAGUUCACAUCCGAGAGUUACUAUAACAUACUGGUACUUAAUGGUGUCCAUAAGGCGGCGGUGAAAGCGUGUGUGUCUUAUCCUGAAAAUGCCAAGGUGCAGACCACCGCCCUGUCCUUCCUGAGCGCACUCGCGGAGUGCAUUGCACGGAAUGAAUGUCUUGACGAAGACGGGAAUGAGAAGGAAGAGGCGAAACGGAGAGAGAAAGCUCAAGGAGAGGAGAUGCUUGUGUGGAGAGAGGCCUGUUAUACCGCUUUAGAGAGACAUGCUGACAAUGCUGCAGUGCAGGAAGCUGCAUGUUGGGCUUUAAACAGCUUGCUGCUUCAUUACCACUCAUUUAACCACGUGGAACUGGAAGGAAGGCCUCCUCUUCAUUCUCUCAUUAUGGCCGCCAUGCUUUUGCAUUCGUCCAGUGUGGAGGUUUUCCGAGCCGCUUCCUGUACACUACGUACGCUAAUACAGCACCACAGUAGGAUGAGGGCUCUGCUUCUGUCACAUGGCAUUCAUGUCAACAUCGUGCAUCUGAUGCGGAAACACGAGAGCUCCAGCGCUGUGUGUGAAAGUGCCUGCAAACUGCUUCACACAAUCUUCCGGGGAGCGUGGGCUAAUCUAGAUGAUGCGACCCUGAUCCUCGGUCAGAUCCUGGCCGCUCUGAAGACUCAUAACUUCAUCCCUGAAGUUCAGCUGGAGGGUCUUAGAGCCAGUUUAGUUCUUCUGAGCCCAGACAGGAGUUUAAGAGAACAUGGCACCUCAGUGGCGGAUCCUGACACAGUGGACGUGUCCCUGCGGGUGCUGAAGAACCAGUGCGUACUUGAGGGAGCUCAUGCUGUCUAUCUAGAGGCACUUAAUAGGUUUAUCAGUAGUGAGGAGAUUCAAGAGUGUGGACUUGGUGUGCUCUCGGCACUAGCUGACAGCUCUGGAGCGGUUGACCUCAUGUGCCAACAGGGGGCGAUAGAUACGGUUCUUCAUACGCUGCAGAUGUUUCCACAGGAGCGAGAUGUUCACUUCUGGGGUCUUAGUCUUCUGUUUCACCUCGUCUCUAAGAAGAAGCUCUCUCGUAUGAUGGUGCCUGUACUUGCAUCAGUUUUGGUGAGCUCAGUACGGCAACACAAAGAGGACGCAGCCAUGCUUCUAAAGGGUUUCCAGGUGGUGUGGAAGUUGUUGGACACCUGCUCGAGUGCCGCUGCAUGGCUGCAGAGAGAAGCCUUCGAGAAAGACAUCUUCCAGAUCCUGCGGGGGAUGAUGGCAGACCAACGCAGAUAUCCAUUGCAGGCGGUGAGUUGCCUGUGCCUGUCUAAGAUGGUGGCGGACGGUGAGAUCGUGUACGCGCUGCUGGAGAGAGCGUGUGAGGACGGUGACGUGGACGUGGCAGAAUGUCUCGUCCAGCUGGGCGCCGACGUCAACAAGAAGACAAAGAGCGAUUCACUCAUAUAUCAGGUUUGCGAUCGGGGGGCUCCCCUGGCUUUGCUGGAGCUGCUGGUUUCUGCUGGUGUUCAUGAGCAGCAGUUACGGGGAGCACUGAGCGUGUGCGUCAGGAGGGGUGACGACCCCGCGGUCACCCUCCUCCUCAGCCGUUUGGGGCUGGACCACACCAACAAUGCCUUGUGCCUCGGGAGCUUCCGCCUCGGAAAAAUGAAGGCUUCUUGGCUCAGCACUCUGCUCUCGGAGCGCAAAACUCAGACUCCAAUCGACAAGAAGAACAGUAAAGGUCAACGAUUGGCCAGACAGAUCUUGUCGCUCCAAAGAAACAAAGGAUUUGUGGGAGCUGAUAGAUUACGGAGUAACGCCAGCACAUCAGAAUAUUUCACCGAUGAGGAAAGCGAUGACUCGCACAUUUCCUUUGAUGAAAGCUUGGUCCAUAUGUUUGAUGAAAUUGAGAGCGAUGGGAGUGAUGAGCCUUCCCAUGGAUCGUUGCUUUUCAAUGAUUCCCCAGAAGUGGGCAGGAAGCCUGCUUGGAGACAUCACAGUCGGCGUAGACGUGGCAAUUCAGAGGGAUGUCACGAUGAGACCGAUCCAAACGUCCCUCUGCAUAAGCGCUUUAACUCUCACAACGCUAGAGGGCAGGGUUUUAUUGAAAGCUCAAGUCCUGCUGCUCUUACUCUGGCCGCGGACAAAGAACCCAUCCGUCUGCUCGACCUAUCAGGGAAUGAGCUGGGCGAUCUUUCCUGUUUGAUGGGCGGGAGCGCUCUCAAACAGCAGAUUGAAAGCCUUCUAAGGCUCGAUUUGAGCAGCAACAAUCUACCAGAGUUUCCCAGUGUUCUCUGUCAGAAUUUAAGAAGUCUUACCCGUCUAGAUCUUCAAGGAAACCAACUGCAGUCACUUCCUGUGGAACUCCUGGGUUUGCCUGCACUAAACGCACUCAAUAUUUCUCGCAACUGCAUUGGUCCUCUUCUGCUGCUGGACCCAACUUUACGUAGCCCAGCCUUACGCCAGCUCAACCUAUCUUUUAACCAGAUCACCAUCUUCCCCUUCCAGCUGGGACAGGUCAUGGACAGGCUGGAGGAGCUCUUGUUGGAGGGCAAUCAGAUAUCAGAACUUUCUCUCCCACUUGGCCUGGCUGAACUGAAAAUUUUAGACAUCAGCAAAAAUCAAGUUAAAAUAAUUUCUGAUAAUUUCCUCACUGAAUGUCUCAAGUUGGAAACUUUCAUCGCUUCGGUUAACAAAAUCAGUUCAUUGUCACACCUUCCUUCCAAAAUAUCCACUGUUAAAUUAUCACAGAACAAUUUCACAACUGUUCCUGAAAUAAUCAUCAACCUGCCAAAUUUGCGUUCGGUGGACUUGAGAAAUAACAGCAUUAGCGAUCUGCCGGGUCCGUCUUUCUGGGUCAGUGUAAACCUGAGAGAGCUGAUGUUCAGUCAUAAUCACAUCUCUGCGCUCGACCUGAGCGGUCCGGUGCACAAGUGGGCCAGACUGGAGAAACUUCAUUUAAGCUCCAACAAACUGACCGAGAUACCUCCUCAGAUUGGUAUGUUGGAAGACCUGACGUCUCUAGAUGUUAGUCAGAAUGAAGGUUUGCGCUCUUUCCCCGAUGAGAUGGGAAAGCUCAUUCAUUUAUGGGAUCUACCUCUAGACGGCCUGCAGCUCCAGAUGGACCUCAAACACAUUGGGAACAAAACCAAAGACAUCAUAAGGUUCUUGCAGCAGCGUCUGAAGAAAGCUGUCCCGUAUUACCGCAUGAAACUCAUUGUGGUCGGCAGCCCAUGUAGCGGGAAAAGCUCUUUGAUUCAUCAUCUGAUGAGACUCAAACGCUCUCAGUGGCAAUCUGACCAACGCAGCGUUGGCGUCAGCGUCAGAGACUGGGUCAUCAAAAACAAAGACAAGAGGAGCAUGCUGCUGAAUGUUUGGGAGUUCUCAGGUGGUGAAGAGUGCAGUGAAUUUCACCCUCACUUUAUGAGCUCCAGGGCUCUCUAUCUAGUCCUGUAUGACCUGAGUAAAGGACCCAGUGAAAUAGACGCCGUCAAACCCUGGCUCUUCAACAUUAAAGCUGUAGCCGGGCAGUCUCCUGUGAUUGUGGUUGGAACUCAUUCAGAUGUGUGUGAAGAGCACCACCUACAGGAGUGUGUUCUGAAGCUGCGAGAGGAGCUGCUGUCUCAACCGGGCUUUCCAGUGAUCAAAGAGAACCACAUACUAUGCGCCUGUGAAGACUCUGAGUCUAUCAGCAGGUUGCGCAAAGCCAUAUGUAAAGAGCUUGUUGGGUUCAAGAUCCAGGGUCAGCCGGUAAUAGGGCAGCUGAUUCCAGACUGCUAUGUGGAGUUGGAGAGGAGAGUUUUAUGGGAGAGGUCACAUGUACCCAGUGAUUUCCCCGUGCUCAGACACAGCAGACUGCUGGAGAUCGUACAGGACACACAGCUGCAGCUGGAGGAGGGAGAGUUGCCCCACGCCACCCACUUCCUAAGCGAGGCUGGUGUCCUGCUUCACUUUGAUGAUCCAGUGCUUCAGCUAAAGGAUUUGUACUUCAUUGACCCACAAUGGCUUUGUAACCUCAUCUCACAGACGUUGACUCUGAGGAGCACUGGUCAGUGGGACAGCACUAGAGGAGUAGUGCAGCGAACCACUGUGGAAACGUUUCUUUACAAAAGUCGCUGUUUCCCCAAAGAUCACCUGACUCAGUACUUCAAACUAUUGGAAAAGUUUCAAAUCGCCCUGCCCUUUGGAGAUGACCAGUUACUUAUACCUAGCAGCCUGUCAGAUCAAAGGCCUGUGAUUGAACUCCCCCACUGUGAGAAUUCAGAAGUGAUUGUUCGGCUUUAUGAGAUGCCGUACUUCCCCAUGGGCUACUGGUCCAGACAGAUCAGCCGUCUAUUAGAAGUGUCUGCUUUCCUGCUCUACGGCAAAGAGAAAGCGUUGAGGCCGAACCGGAUCUACUGGAGGAAGGGCAUCUAUCUGAGCUGGUCUGCUGAAGCUUACUGUCUGGUGGAAGCCUUGUCUCUAGAAGAGAACCCUGCUAGCUUUAUCAAGAUCACCGUCCCCUGCUCUCGCAAAGGUCGCGUGUUGUUUGGGCAGGUGGUGGAUCACAUCGACUCUCUGCUGGAGGAAUGGUUCCCGGGCCUCCUCACCACUGAUGUCUGCGGCACUGGAGAGACACUGCUUAAGAAAUGGGCUCUGUACAGCUUCAGCGACGGACAAAACUGCCAGAAGAUGCUGCUGGAAGAUCUGCUCUCCAACAUCAAUGAAGAUGGUCUGCUGGUGAACCCAGAGGACCCCAGCUGUACUCUGCCCAUCUCUCAGAUAUCACCAGAUCUGGUCCUGAGUGACCAGCCCUCCAGCACCAUACUGGACCCAGAGCAGCUGGAGAUGGAGCUCUCUAUGGAGUAUAGGUUAGGAGACGGAGGCUUCGGCUCUGUAUAUAAAGCCGUGUACAAGAAUGAGGAAGUUGCUGUGAAGAUUUUCAAUAAACACGCAUCUACACUUUAUGUUCAUCGUCUGGUACGACAGGAACUGGCAGUGCUCGGCAGACUGUGUCACCCCAGUUUGGUGGGGCUUUUGGCUGCCAGUUGUAACCCACACAUUCUUGUGAUGGAACUCGCCCCAUGUGGGUCUCUGGACUCGCUUUUCGAGCGUGAAAAUAGCAGUCUCAGCCGCAAGCUACAGCACAGGAUAGCGCUGCAUGUGGCGGACGGUCUGAGGUAUUUGCACUCAUCUAUGAUCAUCUACCGAGAUCUGAAGCCGCACAACGUUCUGUUGUUCAACGUGAAGACGGACGCUGAAGUCAUCGCUAAAAUCACAGACUACGGCAUAGCGCAGUACUGCUGCAGCAUGGGCGUCCGCAGCUCAGAGGGAACACCGGGUACCGCUAGCAUAACGGUUAUUGAACAGAGGAUGUUUGUUCAUGGGUUACAUUCAUUGAAUCUUCCACACGCAGGUUUUAGAGCGCCGGAGGUCGCCCGAGGUAACGUCAUCUAUAACGUCCAAGCGGAUGUGUAUUCAUUUGGUCUGCUGCUGUAUGACCUUAUGACCUACGGCGAGCGGAUAUCCGAUGGGAUGAAGUUUCCCAGUGAGUUCGAUGAGGUGGCUGUGCAGGGAAAACUACCAGAUCCCGUUAAAUAUUACGACUGUUCACCGUGGCCAGGGUUUGAGUCUUUGAUGAGGGAAUGUUUGAGAGGAAACCCACAGGACAGGCCUACAUCUGCUGAGGUGUUCGAUCGACUGAAUUCUGCCGAGAUGCUUUGUCUGAUGCGAGAGCUGAUAUUGAUGAGUUUGCCCGGUGAGUGUCUUACUGUCUCCGGGGCCAGCGGCGGCGCAAACGGAGGCAAAAAAACUUGCGUGUGGAUUGGAGGUGGCAGCUCCAGCCAGAAACUGGGCUGUGUGACAUCUGUGGACCUGGAGACGGGGGGAACCUUGAGCCAGGAGAUCGACAGCAGUCCCAUCCUCUGCAUGGCGAUCGUCAGAGCUCCAGGGUCAUGCAGUGACUGGUUAGUUGCUGGAACGCAGUCAGGUUCGCUUCUCAUCAUGGAUACCGGGAACGCAGAGGUUCUGCACUGCCUGAAAAGUGUGAAGGACUCUGUGACGUCCCUAUACUUUCACACUCACAGACACUUUAAGAAUUACCUUUUGGUCGGGACAGCGGAUGGAUCGCUAUUCAUUUAUGAAGAUUCGGUCCUGGAGGUGAAGAAUGGCGGUCCAGUGAAAACACUGCAGGUUGGUGAUGUGAACACUCCUCUGAUGUGUCUUGGUCCAUUCAGUCAAACACAGGAGCGCAAAGAGUUGUGGGCCGCCUGUGGCAGCAGGGUGUUCUCGCUCACAAUGGAUUACGACAUCUAUAGAAGCAUAGACACCAAACCCAAACUUCUGUACUCGCAGCAGGGUCGAAUCAGCAGUAUUCCUUGCAUAUCACGCUUAGCAGUGGACAAACAUGUGUAUUUAAGUAAAAGGGGCGGUCACGCUGUGGAGGUCUGGGAUAAGAAGACUGAGAGGAUGAUGAACCUCAUUGACUGCGCACAGCUGCUCGGGUUAAGUCCCACCAAAAAGCACAAGGUCCGGAAUGAAGACCGGUCUAGACAGACGGAUCGGUCUUCGGCGAUAGUUAAAGCUCUGUUGGUCCAGCACAGCGGUACUCUGUGGAUCGGGACCAAAGCGGGACACAUCCUGUUGGUGGAAGUCUCCAGCUGCCAGCUACUUCGGACCAUCAGCCCUCACUGCCACUCCAUACGCUGCAUGGGCUCUGUGCUGCUGGACGCGCUCAACCGAAAGAAUGUUAUUCUGGUACUGGGCAGACGGCAACGCGUUUUACAAGAACGAAUCCAAACGCAAGCGCUGGAGGAUUCGGUCCUGACGGUGUGGAACGGUUCGCUUCCUCUGGAGGUCAGAGACCUGAUCAGGCACUGCGAGCUACGAGCAAAGAUCGCCGGGAAAAUGAGAGAAACGCUCCUAAACUGAUCACCCCUCGCCGUCCGCGCAUCAUUUCCCCGUCAGUAGAGCAAAAACCGAUGCUGGUCAACGCGGUCAGUUUGACCGUUUUCAAAAAGGGACCCAUGUGAAAAUGCAAGUCAGCGUCAGAUCGUUUUAUAUAUAGCCAAGGGAAACAUUUAUUUUUGUUGCAUCUCGUAUGUAGCCGUGCAUUUAUGUUUCGGAUUAUGCAGAAAACCAAAAAUGAAACACUUGAGUUAGCUUUAAUAUUUUAUAGUACUGUAUUUAGUCAUGAUAUGAAGCCGUAAGAACAGAGCAGAAAGCCAUCAUUUGUCACAAACGUCUCUAAUUUUUCACUGUGAUACAAUAUCAACAGCUAGACUGUCGUAAAAAAAAAUACGAUUAUGAGGUUUUGCACUUUUUGAAGGAAAUGCCACAUUGAUGCUAAUAACGAUAUUGACUAUUGACAAUCAAAACAUCUCAAAUUCCAGAGCUGAUAAUUAAUUAUAUUUAUUAAAUCUGUGUUAAUUGUUUGAAAAUGUAUCGAUGGUAAGCUAGUACAGUUACACUACACCUUUUGUGAAUUACAAUCACACUAUAUUGAAUGCCCACGUUUUUGUUUUUUAACAAAAUAUAACUGGAGAACAAGCCAUAGAUGCUAUGAUAUUAUUUUUUUUGUUACAAAAAUGACCUUUCACUGUUAUUUUGUCUGAGUUGUUGAAAUGCAAUUAUUAUUGAUGAUUUAUAUGUUGCAUGCCAAGUAUGUUUUAAUAAAGUUUUAUCAUUUUG